AUGCCUUUUUGGGCGAUCCUUGUUCUUGUUAUCGUUGCUGCGACUGGGUCGGACGCGACCAAGCCGAAGCCGAUCAGCAUUUCGCUGCGCGCCAAGUGGGAGGGAACACCACUCCUACUAGAGGCAGGCGAGUUCUUAGCGCGCGAGGACGCGGCUCUCUAUUGGAAGUUCCUCGCCGCCUGGCCGCACGCGUCGCCAGAUGCCAACUCCUCCGCGCGCCCCGCUUCCGCCGCGACGCCCCCGUCCGACGGCGACUGCCUCGACGCGCUGCUGCGCGUCGCCUCGUCGUUCCUCGCGCCCCCCCUGGCGCCGCUGCUGCGCCUGGCGCUCGCCAUGCGCUCGCUCUCGCCCGCGCUGCUCCUGCACCGCCAGCUCGCGCGCCUCUCGCUCUCGCAGGCGGGGCUGCUGGGCCCCCACGGCGCGCAGGGGGGAGCUGCGGAAGGGGAGCAGGCGGGAUGGGGCGCAGGGGGGGGCGAUGGGGGCGAGCGGUGGAGGGUGAGUGAGAACCCAGCGGCGCCCGAGGGUCACUGCUGCUGGGUGGAGCUGCAGGGGAAGGUUCUGCUGGGGGAGGCGGAAGUGGCGGCUGCACUGGCAUCAGUGCAGGCGGAGGGAAGCGCCCCAUCGACCGCAUCAGCAGCAGAGCACGGGGCGGCGGUGCACGCCUUCGACCACGUGUACCCCUCCGCCUCCUCCGCCGCUGCCUCGCACCACGCGCCCCCGCCCGCCUUCCUCUAUGCCAGCCCCGGCUCUGCCUGCUUCGCCGCCCUGCUGCCCCUCCUCUCCGCUGCUGCACACCAGGGCGCCAUCCGCCUGGUGCUGCGGCCGGUGCUGCCAGGGGGCUGUGAGCAGCACGUGGGGCGGUGUGCGGCGGUGGGGGCGGGCGGGCGGGUGAGUCUGGGAGGGUACGGAGUGGAGCUGGCGCUGAAGAACAUGGAGUACAAGGCGCUCGACGACUCCAAACUCACCAAAGACGGUGCAGGGCAGGCAGCAGCAGAGGGGUCAGCGGACGACCUGGCGCAGCCAGUGAAGGGCUUUCUCUUUGACACCCUUGUGAAACGGUACCCGGAGCAGACGGGCGAGCUGCUGACGUUUCGCGACCAGCUGCUGGCAGCAGAGGAGAUCCGCGACGAGUACAACGUGUGGGAGCUCAAAGACCUGGGCAUUCAGGCCACUCAGCGCAUCGUGGGGGGAGCAGAGCCGCUGCGGCUGAUGCAGGACAUCAACCAGAACUUCCCCAAGAUCAUGGCCUCCCUCGCCAAGACCAAGGUGGACAGCUCGGUGGAGGAGGCGGUGCAGGAGAUGCACGGCAUGGUGCAGGCGGGGCGCACCAUCGUGGCACUCAACAGCAUCGCAUUCAACCUCGCCACCCUCGACAUCUUCACUCUAUUGGAAGCCGUGCAGGCCGAGCUGUCGCUUGGAGCACAGCUGCUCUCUCUCAAGCUGCCAGCGCCAGUGGUGCGGCAGCUGCUGCAUCUGCCACCAGCAUCAGCAGCGAGGGAGGAGGGGGGGUCGCCGAGGCUGGACUUGCGGUCGCCAUGGCACGUGCACUUCUUCAACGACCUUGAGAGAGACCGCGAGUACAGAGGCUGGUCGCCCAACAUGCAUGAGCUGCUGAUGCCCAUGUACCCAGGGCAGUUCCGCCCCAUCCGCAAGAACAUAUUCCAUGCUGUCUUCGUGCUCGACCCCAUGCACCCCGCCACGCCCAAGGCAGUGGCGCACAUCCACAAGCUGCAUCGGGGCAGCAUGCCCCUCCGCAUGGGGGUCAUCCUCGCCUCCUCCGCGCGCCUCCUCGCCCUCAACGACCCCUCCGCCCCUCCGCCCCACCAUGACCUCUCCGAACUGGCCAUGGCGCUCUUCCUACACAUCAAGGACUCCAUCGGCGUCCGCCCCGCCUUCGACUUCCUCCUUCAGAUGUGGGGAGGCAGUGCAUCCGACGAAUCGGUGGACGACUACGAGGACGCCAUGGUCACGCUGCCGCUCCCGCAGUACACACCGCCCGACCAGCCCACCAUGGAGGCCGCCUUCCUCCACACGCUCAGUGCGGCAGCAGCAGCAUCGCAGGGGGGAUCGCUGGGCAGCGACGACGCCAGGAGGGCUGCGCUGGCAUCAGUGCAUGCAGGAAGGCAGCGGGUGGAGGGGGGACAGGCGGAGAGUGAGGAGGGCGGAGGGGAGCAGGGGGGAGCAGGAGGGGGAGGGGCGGCUGCAGCGGUGUGGGCGCAGGUGGUGGGCAGCUCUCGCUUUGUGUCGGGGCUGGGCCUUGCGGAUGCCAUGCCAUGCCUGCUCUUCAACGGCGUCUUCUACCCCUCGCCCAAGGUGCCAGGGGGAGCAGUGGAGGCGAUGCAGGAGGAGAUGGAGGCGGUGCAGAGGGCGGUGUACUACCAGCAGCUCAGAGGCUCCUCCGACGUCCUCGCCUUCUUCCUCGCCUCCGCUGCCAAGCGCUUCAACCCCGAGGUGGCCCUGCCAGCGGGCAAGACAGCGCCCUACGUGUCGCUGGCACCCCCCAUGGCUGCUGACAACCCUGCCCUCGCCCGCCUCUCCUUCCUGCACUCGCCUGGCACGGAGGACGAGGUGAAGCCCUUCUCUCACCUGCUCGCGCUGGACCUCUCAUCGCACCAAGGGGUGGAUCUACUGCUGCAAGCCGUGCUGCACCUGGAGAGCGGGGAGGGCACGCAUGCCCGAGUGGCCGUUCUGCACAACCCCCUGCACGCCCCCGCCAACGAUGAUGCCCGCCUGCCACCUCUCGCAUGGCGCCACCUUGUGCCACGCCUCAUCAUGGCAGCCGUCCAGAUGCCCAGCCGCCGCAGCAAGCUCUCAGCCUUCCUGCGCAGCCUGCUGCAGCUGCCGCUGCUCAGGGCCGUGGUCUCUCGGACAGACUCAGGCACUGGGGGGGACGGGUGGGCGGGCAAGGGGGAGGUGAGCAGCGAGCAGGAGGGCGAGGAGCUGCUGGCGUCAGCAUGGAGCAUUGCUGACGAGGCAGGGCUGAACAGGGCUGAGUUGGAGCGUGCCGUGACGGGCGCUGGCGCUGCAGAGGCUGCUGCUGCGCACAUGGCCCAGGAUCGACUUUUUGUGAAGCAGCAUUGUGGCGCCAGCCCAGGCAGCAGCGUCAUCAUCACCAAUGGCAGGCUGUUGGCACCGCAGCACCGCUUUGUGGCGGCGGACUUUGCUCUGCUGGAGGACGUGGAGUCAAAGCGAGUCAAGGCAGCACUCUCCGUGCUCCAGGAUCUGCCCUCGUGGCCUCACCUCCCGCCGGACCUCCCUCUCAGUGACCACGUGUCGGGCAUGGCGAUGGCGGUGGCAUCAGCGCUGUCAUCAGCGGAGAGGGCCAGCGGUGACUACGUGCAGUUCGCCCGCCUCACUGCCAGCCCCAGCAUCGGCAUCAUCCACAGCAACGACUCGGCACUGCUGCACAUUGAUGGGGUGAUUGACCCGCUCAGUGCGGAGGCACAGCAGGUCACGCCACUGCUGCUGCUGCUGCACGAGUGGUUCGACCCCUCCUUGCGCAUCUUCAUGAACCCCCUCUCGUCCAUGUCCGAGUUCCCUCUCAAGAAUUUCUACCGAUACGCUGCUCCCCACAAGGAGCUGGCAGAUGCAUCGGGGGCGUUGGCGGCGGGGGCGGAGGUGGAGUUCCUGAACAUGCCUCUCACGCGCACGCUCACUCUCAACCUCAAAGUGCCCGAGCCCUGGCUCGUCGAGCCGGCUGUAGCGGACCACGAUUUGGACAAUCUGGUGUUGGAGAAGGUGGCGGAUCCCAGCGUGACUGCUGUCUUUGAGCUCGAGGCGCUCAUGAUCACCGGCCACUGCUACGAGGACUCGGACAUGCAGGAGCCGCCGCGAGGCAUGCAGCUCGUGCUUGGCACGCCCCCACCCGUCCCCUCCGCCCUCCUCAACCACUCCUCCGCCCCCGCCACUACCACCGCCACCAGCAGCAGUGGGGCAGCGGGGCGGCCACAGGGCCUGGUGGUGGCAUCAGCGUUGGAGGACACGAUAGUGAUGGCGAACCUGGGCUACUUCCAGCUCAAGGCCGCGCCCGGCCUCUGGCUGCUGCAGCUCGCCCCCGGCCGCUCCCAGACCCUCUACCAGCUCUCCGGGGAGGGGGUGCUGGGGGGCAGUGAUGGUGGUGCAGAGGCAGGGGAGGGAGGUGGGGAUGAGGGGAAUGCGGGGAUGGGGGCAGUGGGGCGGGUGGCGAUGGACGUUGCAGUGAUGGACCUGCGGGGGAAGGUGGUGCAGCUGAGAGUGGUGAAGCGGGCGGGCAUGGAGGGCGAGAAGAUGCUGGAUGGCGCUGGGGGGGAGGAUGGGGACGACGAGCAGCAGGAGGAGCCAGCAGCGGCGGUGAGGCCUCUCUGCUCUGCUCCCAGCUGCGCCACUCGUUCCUGUGCUGAGCCUGCCGGCCUCGCUCACCGCUUCUCGCUGAUUGCUGCCUCUUAUGUCUCUCUCGCUCUCUUUCCUGCCUCCCACGCCCCGUCUGUCAUCCCCCCAUCCCUUGCAGGCAUCUCUCUUUGGGUCCUUCUUCCAGAAGCUCACGGGCAAGGUGGGGGAGAAACCAGGGUGGGGGGGGAGGGCAGGGUAGGGGGAAGGGCAGCAGGGUGUGGGGAAACGCAGGUUGGAGUGGACUGUAGGUGCGGACAGGGGCAGGCAGCAUUGACAGGGGGGUUGGGAGGGCUGUACUGGCAGCUGUCAAGUAGCACCUUUAAAGCUGCUUACCACGUGACUGCAUCUCACCAAAAGCCAGCAGUGGCCAGCAAGGGCGAGGGGGCGGGCGGCAACAGCACAAUCAACAUCUUCUCCAUCGCCAGCGGCCACCUGUACGAGCGGUUCACGCGCAUCAUGAUUCUCUCUGUGCUCAAGAACACGCGCCGCCCCGUCAAGUUCUGGUUCAUCAAGAACUACCUCUCGCCCUCCUUCAAGGAGGUGAUCCCGCACAUGGCGCGCGAGUACGGGUUUGAGUACGGGCUGAUCACAUACAAGUGGCCCUCAUGGCUGCACAAGCAGACGGAGAAGCAGCGCCUCAUCUGGGCCUACAAGAUCCUCUUCCUCGACGUCAUCUUCCCCCUCUCCCUCCAAAAGGUGAUAUUCGUGGACGCGGAUCAGGUGGUGCGGGAGGACAUGGGGCGGCUGUACGACAUGCCACUGCACGGCCACCCGCUGGCCUACACGCCCAUGUGCGACAACAACCGUGACAUGGAGGGCUACCGCUUCUGGAAGCAGGGCUUCUGGAGGGACCAUUUGAGAGGAAAGCCGUACCACAUUAGCGCCCUGUACGUGGUGGAUCUGGUGCGCUUCAGGCGCAUGGCAGCGGGCGACACACUGAGAGUGAUCUACGAGAGCCUCAGCAAGGACCCCAACUCCCUCGCCAACCUCGACCAGGACCUGCCGAACUACGCGCAGCACACGGUGCCGAUCCUGUCGCUGCCACAGGAGUGGCUGUGGUGUGAGUCGUGGUGUGGCAACGCCACCAAGGCCCGUGCCAAGACCAUCGACCUCUGCAACAACCCCAUGACCAAGGAACCCAAGCUGCAGGGGGCGCGGCGCAUAGUGGCGGAGUGGGGGGCGCUGGACGAGGAGCAGCGGGGCUUCACAGAGAGAGUCACUCAAGGGGAGUUCGACGACCUCCCACCCUCCGCGCCAUGUGGCACGCUGCGAUUCGCCGGCUUCCACUCCGCACCUCGACCAGAGGAGGGGCCUGUGGGCGAGGCAUUGGCAGAGGAAGGGGAGCAAGAAGUGGAGGAGAUGGAUGGAGUGCACGAGGGAGGACAGGAGAGAGAGGAGGGUGAGGAGAGUGGAGAGGAGGGAGGGGAGGGAGGGGAGGAGGAGGCGGGGGAUUGGACGGGGUAUGAGGUGGAUACAGCGUAUGAGGACUUGGAAGGGCUGGAGGAGAUUGCAGUGGAGGCUGUUGAUGGGGUGGAGGAGGGCGAGGAGGGUGGGGAGGAGGAGGAUGAGGAGGAGCUAGGGCAUGAGGAGUUGUGA